AUGGCCGUGGCGGCAACAGCAGCGGCAGAGCAGCCGCCAGUCACGCCCAGGUCCUCCACUCUCCCAAGUCCGUCCGUCUCCGCGGGGUUGCUGGAGUUGCCCAGAGCGUCAACUUCGGGCGCUGCGCCGCCGUCACCAGGUGCCGCCGCUGCACGGGGAAAGGAGCGGCGCAAGUCGCGAGGCGGGUCGAUGCUGCUCGACGAGAUGCUGUUGGAGGGGCCUCCCCUGGCAGUCAAGGCAGGGUUCGACCGGGGGAGGUCGCCCCUUCUCGCUCGCCAUCGCCACCGCUCUGUCUCCAUGACCGCCGCAGAAAUCGCCAAACUUGCUGUUGCAGACGCGGGUUCAAAUCCUGCCGGAGUGUGCAGCCCCAGCCGCGAGAACCAUGCUCCCCGCGGCAGCUCUCCCCACGUCAUUCAGGCGGGCAACAGUCCUUCACGUCCCUUCAAUGCUCCUGUUGCGAAGCAAGGCUAUAAUUAUCCUGUUCGUGGCUAUAGCGCGGAUGGAGAGGGCUCUGUUGAUGGUGGUGGCUAUGAGUAUCAGAGCGGCGCUGCUGGGAAGGGCAGCGCUUAUAAUCUUGGUGUUGCAGCAGUGAGAAACGCCCGGAACAAGGCAGGAAGGGAGCAGUUGGUGUGGUCGGGCCAGACCCAGCAGCAGCAGGAGGAGGAUGAGGAACAGCAAGAGGAGGAAGAAGAGGGGGAGCAACAGCAGAAGCAAAGAGACCAGCAGCGAAGGCAACAACAUUUUGAGCCUUAUCACCGAGCGAAUGAGCAGCGGCCAUCCCAACCGUCUGUAACAUCACAACAGUACCGAACGUCCCGAACUGGCCAUACUCGGUCCGCCUCAGGGCCCCUCUCCUUCCUUGCUCCCCCCUCUUCUGCCUCUCCUUCGCCCCCGCGCUGGCCGGUUCCCUCUAGCCGCCUUGCGCAAUCUGCCUUGUCCGCUGCUGCACAAGGGGCAACCCUCCCAUCUCCACCAUAUGCCCCACCUUCAGCAGCAGCCGCAGCAGCAGCCGCAGCAGCAGCGGCAGCAGCAGCGGCAGCAGCAGCAGCAGUGGCAGCAGCAGCAGCAGCGGCAGUCCCAGCGUGCAGUGAGGGUCCCUUUGCAUGGUCGCCCCCGUCGCACCAUGUCCGCCCUGCCCUCUGCCGUUCUCAGCAGCGAGUUCUCAUGGGAGACUGUCAUUUACCGUUUGACUCCCAGCAAAAACUCUCUUCAGAAUGCGAGGAUGAGGAGGAGGAAGUGGAGGAGGGAAAGACACAGCGCGCAUGGCGAAGGGAGUGUUUACAUGGGUCGGGUCUAUACGGGAAUGAUGAUGCUAUGGAUGACGUCACGAACGAGGGCUGGAGAGGAGUAGAGGUGAAAGAGGAGGAGAGGGAGAUGAUGUCAGCAGCAGCAGCUGCCAUGCUGGACCUCGAGCAGUCUGACUCAGCACAGGAAAUUUCCACGGAGGGUGCAUGGGUUGGGCGAGGGCGAGAGGAACGGAGGCGUGGAGAUGUUUAUGGUUCUCCUGGCUAUUCUCUUCGUUUGAAUGGUUUCGGUGGUUCUGGUGGCUCAGGUCGUUCUGGUGAAUUUUACGUUGGUCUGAAGGUGGGUGGAGGCGAGAGGGGAAUCUCACAGAGGGAUGUGGGGUAUAGGGAUGCGAGGGAGGAGGGUGUGUUAGGUGGGACGAGGAUGCCAGCAAGUAGGCUGAAAUCAGGACGUGCACAAGGCCUGACGACAGGUCGCCUUCCAAUGGCACAAGGCCUGACGACAGGCCGCCUUCCAAUGGCACAAGGCCUGACACAAUGCCACGUCCCACGAACACAGGAUAUGAAGCCAGGGCACGUUCGGAGCAGGUCCGUGGGUCAUGCUCUCGGGCACAGGGAGAUGGGCGGCCGUCAGGAGAGCAGGGGAGAGGGGGAGAACGAGGAGGAGGAGGGUUACAAUGAGUGGGACGACGGGGAAGCUCAAAAGUGGGACCAAGAGGGUGUAGAGGAGAGUGACACGAGAUCAAGAGGAAGUGGCACCGGAAGGGGCACUAGAGACGCUAGACAGGUAACCCCUGUGGGGGGUUCGGGUGCAGAGGAGUGGCAAGGGGAGGAACCUUGUGUGUCGGCUGGGGAGGAACCUUGUGUGUCGGCUGGGGAGGAACCUUGUGUGUCGGCUGGGGAGGAACUUUGUGUGUCGGCUGGGGAGGAACCUUGUGUGUCGGCUGGAAUGGGCGAGGAUGAUUGCGGGAGUGCUGGUUGGAAAGCCAGACCGUUAACCCCUGUGAGACGGCAGGGGCAGAAGGAGACUCUGGCACAGCGGGAAUGGCAGGAGCGGCAGGAACGCCAGGGGAGAAAAGGAGAAGGCGCUGGGGAUAAGAGCAGACGGGAAGAGGGAGAGGGCAGCAAGGGCAAGAGCAGAGGGGAGAGCAAAGAGAAGAUCCGAGGUAAGGGCUGGCGGAGUAAAAGCGUAGGGGGGGGUGCUGGAGAGGAGAGAAUGUUGGGUGGCUGGGGGCGGCAGGAGGACAGGUCUGGGCACAAGGGGAAUGAGAGGGGGAGUGGGAAGGGGAAGGCGGAUGGGGAGGAGGUGAGAGUAAAAGGAAAAUGGAGGGCGGGUGAGGAGGAGGUGAGAGAGGCGUGGGAUGCAGUAGGAGUGAUGAUGAGGGGUGGGGUGGACGGGCGCAGACGGAAGGGUGUGGGACGAGAGGAGAGGGGAAAGGGAAAGGAGAGGGAGGAGGUCAGGCGAGGGGGAGAAGAUGCGGAUGAUAGUAUUUGUGGGAGUGAGAAGGGAAGUGACUCUGCAACGGGGAGUGUUCAGAGUGACUGGAGUGGCCAGUGUGUCCAGAAUGACCGGAGCACCCCCCUCCCCCUCGCCUCGGUCAUCAUUUCCCCCGACAUUGCCGAUUUUCUCGACGCUGACCCGACGGGCAGCCUCAAACGGGCAGGUGAAAGUUUUCUCUCAGGGAAGAGCUCUACCUUCCCUGGUGAUCCUGCGCUCCCUGAUCCUGCUCCAGAUAAUGACAAGGAUUCCAUCACUGCGGCUCUUGCUCCCGCUGUUCGAGCUUGUACCACACCAGGGGCAGCUACUAACGAAUCUGCUGGGGGAUAUGCUGGUAACCGCUUGGCACGAGUGCAGAGGAAGAAGGAGGCUGGUGCUUCUGAGGUGGUUCAGACCGGUAAGGCUGCUUCCAAGACUGACGCGGUGCAGACCAGUAAGGCUGCGUCCCCUGCAGGGCAAGAAGGGGGGAUGGGAAAGAGCUUGACUGUGAAAGAGCGCGCUAUGAGGAAGGGGGUGCUUGCCGGGGCACUGGCAGACCUCGGGAGGGGUGGGGAGGAUGAUAAUGGGAGGGAUGUGGGAGAUGGGAGCAGGGGCCUGGGGAAAGAUGAGGGCGGGGGAAAGGGAAAAGCUGCCUCUGGGGAGAGUGGGAAAGGGUGCAGCAGGAGGGCAGGGAAGGGAGGGUUUGGGAAAUCUGUUACUGUGCAGGAUAGGUGGAGGGGAGGGGGGAUAGAUGGGAGUGGCAGGCAGUAUGGGUUGGAUGGAGAGUGGUUAAAUGGGAACGGGCCGGAGAAACCCGGAAAGGGGGACAAGAAGGGGAACUUUCCCCGGUCAGGAUCGGUUGGUUCUAACUCUGGGGCAAUGGGCUUGGGAAAGGAGGGAGGGGGAGGAAGGGAGGAGGGGAGAAAAGGGCAGGGGAAGGAGGGCAAAGAGGGGAAGGAGGGCAAAGAGGGGAAGGAGGGUACGGAGUGGAAGCAGAGGAAGGAGGGCAAGGAGGGGAAGAAGGACAAGGAAGGAAAGCAGAGGAAGGAGAAAAAGGAGGGGAAGAAGGGGUCCUUUCCUCGAUCGGGAUCGGAUGGUUCUAACUCCGGGUCAAUGGGCUCAGGGGAGGGAGGGGAAGGGAGGGAGGAACAGAGGGAGGGGAGAAAAGGGCAGCGAAAGGAGGGCAAGGAGGGGAAAAAUGGGCGUUAUCCUCGGUUGGGAUCGACUGAGUCUAGUGAAUGCACAGAGGAACCGGAGGAGGACGGGCGAGAAGGGCAGGGGAAGGAGGGGAAGGAAAGGAGGAAAGGGUUGUUUCCUCGUAUUGGGUCUCUUGACUGGGAAGAAGGCUCUCGUAAGGAAAGUGGGGCAGUGCUGUCUCUGUUUGGAAAGAUGGCAACCGGUAAAUUCACGAAAGCUGAGAAGCUCUCUGAGAAACAAUCCUUUCAGUAUGAUCCUCCUUCCCAGCAGCAGCAGCAGCAGCAGCAGCAGCGAGAGGUGGAAGAGGAGGGAGGCAAUGCAUGCAAUGGUUCAGAGGACAAGGAGGAGAGGGAGAGGGUUGGUGAGAAGCAGAAGAAGACAGGGACAAAGCAGGGGUUUCUCAAGCGGCCUCUGGCUCUUCUUAACAAAGUGAUCCUCCCCUCCCCUCCCCAUGGGCCCCCUACUUAUCCCGCGCGUCAUUGUCUAUCUCCGCGCACCAAUAUCUCGCCCGCGGCCUCCGCGUUCCCCUUUCUCCCCUCCGCGCACACCCUUCCCCGCUUCCCAGGCCAGGAUCCAAUCCGCCCCGCCUCUCUUUCUUGCCGCCUAGACCAGACUAUCCCUAAACUAGUUAUUCGUGUCGUUAGUACGGGAGUGCGUGACUCUUAUUCCCAUCAGGCGCCUCUAGAUCGCGUGGUCCGCUCUUCUUCUUAUCGCGUUUCCGCGUGGUCCUGUCACCCGGCGGCGGUGUGGUGGUGGAGCAUGGAUCGCCUAGUGUGCCAUUCCUCUGUUGCGCCGCACACACUCGCCACGCCGCUGCGCGCCGAUUCGCGCACGCGGAAAGGCGCGGUGGCAGCCGUUGCCCUGCCGCAAUCAACGUCGAGGGUUAAGCUCGAUGCUCACGUGGCGAGCCGCGCCCACGUGGGCGCGAAGCAGCUGAUGGGUCAGAGCCUCCAUUCGGCGACGGAAGUGCUGCGAUCGCGACAUGUGGCGGGAGGGGAUUCGUGCGGAAGACGAGGAGUUGUCGAAAUGGUGCGUAACGCUGUGGUUAGAGGAAACUUCAAAACAGUAGAAGGAAGCCCGACUCGCGCCCCCAUCCCACCCACCUUCAUCCCCCCUUCUCGUCUUUCCCCCCGCUCCUCCCAUUUCUCCCACUUCUCCUCUUCGCCCCUAUCCUCUCCCCACCAACCCCUUUUCUCUUAUACCGCGCCUCGCCGCUCCCCCUUCCCCCCUCCCUCCCCGCAGGUCAUCCCGUUUCAAAAGGGCGAGGCAACUCAGCAGCCGCCACCGGAUCUCCCCUCGUACCUCUUCAAGAACCGCAUUGUGUUCCUGGGCAUGUCGCUCGUGCCGUCCGUCACGGAGCUCAUCAUGGCGGAGCUGCUGUACCUGCAGUACGACAGCCCUGAGAAGCCGAUUUAUAUGUACAUCAACUCGACUGGAACAACUAAGGACGGGGAGAAGCUGGGGUACGAGACAGAGGCGUUUGCCAUCUAUGACACCAUGCGCUACGUGAAGCCUCCGAUCUUCACACUGUGUGUGGGCAACGCGUGGGGGGAGGCGGCGCUGCUGCUGUCUGCAGGGUCUAAGGGCAACCGGUCAGCACUGCCCUCCUCUUCCAUCAUGCUCAAGCAACCCAUCUCUCGGUUCCGCGGGCAGGCCACCGACAUUGACAUCAUGCGCAAGGAAGUGCGGAACGUGAAGACAGAACUGGUGAAGCUGUACUCGUGGCACACGGGCAAGUCAGAGGAGACGAUCGAGAAUGACAUCGGCGUGAAGCUGUACUCGCGGCACACGGGCAAGUCAGAGGAGACGAUCGAGAAUGACAUCCGGCGUCCCUUGUACCUCACACCUGAUGCUGCCGUGGAGUAUGGCAUCAUUGAUAAGGUGGGGGCGACCACUCUGGUAGUGAUUGCACUGUGA